CCGAAUGGUUUGACCGGGUAGAUGUUUUCAAUGUCUAUCUAUUUUAUUCUACUUUGAUUUCGAUGUUCUAAGUAAAUGUGGAAUGGAAAAAACGCCAUUUAAAAAAAAAUCGAAAGCUGGUCUCGAUUUACCUACACAGCUAUUUUGACACGUAAAGCUGUCAUCCGAACAGGCUGAAAGCCGCGAGGGUAAACUUUUCGUUCUGAUAUGUUGACCUACUCGGAAGAAGUACUACCUAGAAUUAAAAUUUCUUUCCCGGUAAACAUAAAAUGCUAUAUAAUUGAAUACAUUUUCACUGGCAGAGUAGUAUUCAAAGCCAAUUCAGUCAACUAGAACGAAAAAAACUCCCAGCAGCCAUGUCGUUAGAAAACGCAAUGCCUACUGAAACUCGUGAGCUCGCCGCCACCUUUCCAGUGUUCAAAAAACCUGCCACGAAUCGGCGAGAGAUCCUGUUCAACAACGAGUUCAUGUCGGAUGUAACCCUGCUGGUGGGCCCCGACCGGCAGCGAAUUCAUGGCCACAAGAUGAUCCUAAUCAGCGCGUCGGAUCAUUUCUUCGAACUGUUUCAGAAUUCGACGAUCAACGAGAUCACGCUGGAAGACGUCGAGCCGAGUAUUAUUCUGGAACUGUUGCGUUUUCUGUACUGCGAGAAGAUUCAGCUAACCGGCGAGAAUGUUCGUGAAAUUUAUACCCAAUCGAAAAAGUGGUCGCUGGAAAAAGUGCUGGAGGCGGUGGAUACCUUCCUGAAUCAGUGUAUUGACGCGGAUAAUGUGCUGAAGAAGCUGAUGGAAAAUCGUUUCUAUGAAUUGAAGUCAAUCGACGAGACGUGCUUGCAAAUAAUUUGCGAUAAUCCGUUUCGCUAUUUCGAGCAGAAAGAUUUCGCCCAGUUGGACCGCAAGUCGCUUAGUUUGGUCGUCAGCGCCAAGCGAAUCAACUGUUCGAGUGAUCAGCUGAUGGAUGUUUUAGAUGUUUGGCAGAAAACGCACCCCGAGGAAGAUGUCGAUGAUUUGAGAUUUGUCAUCAGAAGCUCUAAUCCGCAUCCUGCUUGGGAUCAGCUAAAGUUUUUCGGUGCCCUUUCGCAAACCUCACCCGGUCGGUUUCCCUUCUUUAUUAAAUCUAAAAAUAUUUACUUCCGCGGUAUUCAAUUGACGGGACUCGGUGUGUUUUUCAAAUCCCGCGUGGACACCAUAACGGCUACGGUUGAAAUUUACAUUCACGAUACUAAGAAUUACGUACAUCCGCCACGGGAUUACACCUUCAAAAAUCCCUGUCCGGAUACGGUGAAUACCACUAACAUUUUCUUCGAGCCCUUCGAGAUGGAAACGAAUGUACUGUACUGGGUGUCGGUUACAUUCAAAACCCUAGUCGAACAGUUCAGCAUCGUUUCCCACCAAACUUAUCACAGCCAGUUCGAGUUGGAAAUCUUUCAGGAAAAUCCAUCCUAUCUGAGAACGUAUCCGACGGCGGUCGCCCAUUUUAUCUACAAAGAAGUGAAGUAG